CAGCAUUCAGUGCCGUCGUCACAAACCCUGCCAAACAAAUCCACGCCAGCACAUCAUGGCUGCAGUCACAAAGGAGGCCACGUCAGCUCGAAAGCUGGACGAAGAACUCGAACAGCUCAAAGCAGAAGCCGAGAAGCUUCGAAGCAUGCUCAAGAUCCAAUGCUCCACCAUCCUCUCCUCGAAGUCUAUGCAAAGCAUGAUCAAGGCAUCCGAAUCGGCUUCAUCUUCUUUGCGGCGGCGGGUAAAGAACUCCUCGUCAGCUGCGAAGCUGAAGAAAUGCUCCGCUGAGCAGCACGCCUAUGUCCAACAAUGCGUCUACCGUAUAUCCGCACCGGUUACCGCAUUCAAGGUUCAUGACCCUGACCCCAACGCCGUAGACGGAGGUCACGUUCUCGGCCUGCGCUUCGAAAUCAUGUCGCGCGGGCAGUUUCUCCGGCCCUACUACGUGAUGCUCAACCGCCCCUUCGCAGGGUCCAAGUACCUGCGUGUCCAUCGCCACACACUACCACCCGCGGUGCCUCUGGCAGGCCUCGCCGCCCAACACCUACCAACCCCAAAAUCCGCAGACGACAGAAAUGGAGGCGAAUCAGCGCGCGGUCAGGACUUGGAUCGCUUUGUCCGAACACUGCGGAGAGAGAUCGUGCGAUACCACAACCGCUUAGGCGUAUCAGCGGAUCUGCGCAGGCGGCUGGGCUUGCACGACGCGUCUAGAAGCACCAGCCUGCCUGAAAACUCCAUUGUCGAGGUUGGGAUUGCAGACAUUGAGGCGAAGCAGAUCAAGGUCACUUGGGCCGACGAGAGAAGCGGCCGCUUAACCAUGGACGAUGAUGGCAACGUGCAGAAGCUCGUUGUUUUUGGCAGUCGAGGCCGUGACUGGGAAACAACCAAGGAGCUGUUUGGAAGAUACGAACGCAUGGAGGACAUUGCGCAGCGACUGGAACAGCACGGCGCGGCCGGAUGAGCACGAAAAGGGUCGAUGCUGGAUCAUUUGAGUCUUUCGGAACGUACGGUGUACGGAGUACUUAGAGCCGUGGCGCAACAAUAUCAAUGCGCAGCAGUUUGCGAGGCUACCCAUGCCGAAGUCCCGACUGUCGGAAAGCAGCCGCCAAGAUCUAACGCAGCAGCAGGAUGUUGCCGUAACACGUGAGUCCGACGCAGCCCCGAAAUGAAUGUGGCGACUCGGAUUCCGAGGGUGAACAGGGGGUCGGCGGAUCGUCAUACGCAAGUCAUCAGGGACGAGGCGGAGCAUAGGACAAGGUUCAAGGCCCCUCGAGGAUAAACACACAAACAACCUUAAGCAGGUGACUGUUUGGUGGGCGAAAC